AAUGAGGACGUGUUAUCAGUUAAUUCAAAUUUAAUGGCGUCGAUGGUAGGCGUCAGUGUCGAAGAGAUUAACUACACAAUUACGGUAUUUCUGACAGUUUUGUUCUAAUUCAACCAUAUAAGCAUGUAUUUAUCAACCAAAGUCAAUGUACGUAGGUUACUUAUCAUGUAAGCUUGCCCUCUUUAAACACUAGACACAUCUUAUCAGUAGAACAUGUAUAAUUCUUUGUCAGUAUAGAUAUUGGUCAUUCCUCAUUUUAAAAUUGACAUGCAAGGAAUAUUUUAAAAAUGAAUUUAUUUUUGUCACUGUGUUUAGGUGUAGUAUUUUCUUGUACUUUCGCAGAAAAGACACAAGACGAAGACACACUGUCGAACAUACUGACAGAGUUAAGGAACUUGCAAGAAGCUCAGAAAAGAUACACUAAUACUUUAGAUGAAUUUAAAUCCCGUGUUUCAUCUCUGGAAAACACAGUGAAGGACUUACAGCGCGAGAAUAAAGAACUCGUCUCGGAAAUACGCCGACUGAAAAACGAUAAACGGCAAAAUAUAGACAUAAAUGACGAUCAGUUACAAACAGACGAGCCUGUUGAAGAAAGAGUUCCAAAUGUUGACGAUAUUGACAAACUGCUGAAUACCACCUUUCCAAUGCUGAAAACGGUGAAGGGAGAUAAGAAGACGAAAAAACAUGUUCGAAAAAUCCGCCAGGUUGCUGAUACACAUACAGCCUUCACAGCCGGCCUUUCUGUCGGCGAGAUAACCCUCGGUGACCAUCACACCGUCAUCUUUGACAAAGUAUAUACGAACAUAGGAAACGCAUACCAUGCCCAUACUGGAAUAUUCAUUGCUCCGUGCAGAGGCCUCUAUGUCUUUUCCACAACAAUGAUGGUGUCACCGGGCAAAGAUCUACUUCUAGAGAUUGUUAAAGAUGGCAGUAUUGUCAAUUAUAUUUAUGCAGACGCCCGUUCUACAAGUGCCUACAUGUCCACUACAAAAGAGUGGACACUUGAAGUAAACAAGGGGUCGGAAGUAUGGAUCCGCUCCCGCAGCCAAGGACAACUUCAUGGAUACUUGCAUUCUUUGUUUUCUGGCUUCCUCUUGUUCGAAACAGAAUAA